GGCUAGCGCGCCAGCAGGGCCAGAGCCGGCCUGGGAACCCGCGGAACCAAGCGCAACGAGCGGAGCGCCUGGGCGGCGGCGGCGGCGGCGGCGCACGCUAUGGCUCCCGCCAGAGACCGCGAGGGCUACUGGGGCCCCACGACCUCCACGCUGGACUGGUGCGAGGAGAACUACGCGGUGACCUGGUACAUCGCCGAGUUCUGGAAUACAGUGAGUAACCUGAUUAUGAUUAUACCUCCAAUUUUUGGUGCAAUUCAGAGCAUUAGAGGUGGACUAGAAAAGCGGUACAUUGCUUCCUAUUUAGCACUCACAGUGGUAGGAAUGGGAUCCUGGUGCUUCCACAUGACUCUGAAAUAUGAAAUGCAGCUAUUGGAUGAACUCCCAAUGAUUUACAGCUGUUGUAUAUUUGUAUACUGCAUGUUUGAAUGUUUCAAGACAAAGAACUCUGUAAACUACCAUCUGCUUUUUACUUUAGUUCUGUUCAGUUUAAUAGUAACCACAGUUUACCUUAAGGUAAAGGAGCCUAUAUUCCAUCAGGUCAUGUAUGGAAUGUUGGUCUUCACAUUAGUAGUUCGAUCUAUUUAUAUUGUUACAUGGGUUUAUCCAUGGCUUAGAGGACUGGGUUAUACAUCCUUGGGUGUAUUUUUAUUGGGAUUUUUAUUAUGGAACAUAGAUAACAUCUUUUGUGAUUCACUGAGGAACUUUCGAAAGAAGGUGCCACCUAUCAUAGCUGUUACCACACAGUUUCAUGCAUGGUGGCAUAUUUUAACUGGCCUUGGUUCUUAUCUUCACAUCCUUUUCAGUUUAUAUACAAGAACACUUUACCUGAGAUACAGGCCAAAGGUGAAGUUUCUCUUCGGAAUCUGGCCGGUGAUCCUGUUUGAGCCUCUCAGGAAGCACUGAUGAAUUAUUUCACCAAUAAAACAAAAUAGCACGUACCAUAGGCCUGGUCAAAUGAUUAAGGAAAUCUUUAGAGAUCUACACGUUCAAAUAUAUCAUGACCAUCGCAGCAAAGGAGUGACUUUCUGACUAAUGCUGCCAGCCAUACAGAGAAUGAGGAAUGGGGCUUGUUGGAUGUUUAGCUUGUGUCUUUAUCUCAUUUGUCUUCCUCCUCCUCACCGUCACUCUAAGAUGUUUCAAAAGAAACAGACACGAUUUGUAUGUAUAUACUCGAAUGCUGGAAAUAUUGGGCUUUUCUUAACAGGUUAACAGUUUGUGCUGAUCAUAGGAAAUUAACCUUUUUCUCUUUUUUUGACAAGGCUUGCAUGUGAAUUAAACUUUUCUUAAUAUUUGAUUAAAUAAUGAAAACAGCCAGCUAAGGACUGGCAAAACCCCAUAUCCAGAUGACCAGCUGUGAGGCAGCACUUAGCUAUUUCAGCCUUGAUUUAUAUUUUUGUCAUAGUAACCUCAUGGAUGGUUUCCCAAGGUAAAAAAAAAAGAAAAGAAAAGAAAAGAGCUAUCUGUGGGAUUCUGGUAGUUCUUCAUUGUCUGCCUCUGUGCUGGUCCGAGUGUUAUAAGCAAGCUCAGACCUGCCACUGGGUUCUAUACUUGUCACAUUCCAGAUUUGCGGUGGGCUCUGGGAUGUCGUUUGUGGUCACAGCCCGGCAGGGUGGGUGGGUCAUCUUGUAACCUUUAUGAAGGCCACCAGGACACCUGUAGAAUGUUCCUCCUCCACCCAGUUAAAGGUGGUUGCUCCGUUUCCUUUGAUCUUUGCAGAUCUUUAAGUUGUCACUGUUUUUAUGGCUAGGCAAACAUGAUUGGUGGGCAAACAUAUUUCAUCCUCCUAGAAUAACUCAUUUGAAGUUACCAGUAAAUGUCGUUGUACUCUGACUUUUAAAAUUAUGCAAUAUUUUCCAGUUUUCAGAGAGGCCAUGGUUAUGCCCAGGGAAAUGUGUUGGGUUAACUAGAGCUAAAAUCAUCAGGAUCUUAUGUACAUAAAGCUUAUUAGAAUACCUGCUCCUUCAUUUUGCUGAAGGAAAGAGAUAUAAGGGUUGAAAAGAGCUCUAACUUACUUGAACUUGUAACAGAACUACCAAAAAUUAAAGUGCUAAGACAUGGCAGUGAAAUCUCAUUGUAAGGCAGCUAGUUCUAAUUUGGAUUUGAAUGUAUAACAAAUUGAAUCACUCUUCACAAACAUAACACCUGCCUGGAAUAAAAACCUGAUUUGACCCCUUUGUAGACCCCCUUUGUAGCUCUGUACCAUUUAGCAUUUUUACAACUUUUCCCUGCUUAUACAUUAUUAUAAAAUCCAGGUUGUUUUUACUACAUGGUGUCAUUACCCCAGAUUAAAUUCUGAGCUACAGCUUCCAAAGGAAAGUCACUUUUUUCUUAAGCAAAGGUGUAAGACACUUCUGUUGUUUUUCUAGUAUUCAGUAAGAAGCCUUGGUACAAAUUUAAAACGAAUACAGAUUUUGUUGUUUUUCUUCACUUGCUGGCCUUAGUUUUAGUCCAAGUACUAUUUUCCUUACUUUAGCGUGCCAACAUGCCAUUAGGCAGAUACUUCCCACGUGCUUUUAUGAUCCUCCAGCAAGAAAAACACUUGCCAAAAUAUAAAUCUAAAAGAACUUUGGUUGUGCCUUAGGAAAAUAUAAACUAAACAGUUCCAACACAAGCCUGUAAGACUGUUCUUUAUUUUGCCACAAGAUUCUGGCGUCUGGCUACAUUCAUGUGCAACUACUUAGGCUGUCAGUCAUCUAACAAUUUUUAAUGAGUUCAUUUGUUUCACACCAUUGUCGUUUUUGUACUUUUCACUAAGAAAUACUUCUGUAUAAAGAAUCUGUAUAAAAACAAAGGUACAUCCUUCCUAACAAUGCUAAAUGCUGAGACUAAGGUUCUGCAGUAUUAAGGUCAGAUUAAGGGUACAGAGAACACGCCCUGACACUGAGGCCCUUUAGAGCAGUUUGUUGAAUGAGCAAUUCAGCCACUGCCACCUGUAGUUUCUUAUUGAAUAAAGCUGUCCAGCUCCUUAGAGACUUGUAACACUGUG